AAAUCUCCCAGAGGAUAUUUUUUGCAGGAGCGGUCACUCCCUAAAUCCAGGCAAGAAAAGGGAGGAGUCUGAGCCGUGUCCCGCCCCUUCUCCAGUAAACUUCUGCCGUUCCAGGUUUGGCGGCGGGAGUUCGAAGGACCUGGAGAAGCUGCACACCCCUGGCUUUCCCCAUGGUUUCGGUGACCAGAGCGGUUUUUGGAGACCUGCCCUUGGGGGCAGGGACGGUGGAGAAGUUCCAGCUGCAGUCAGACCAACUGAGAGUAGACAUCAUCUCCUGGGGCUGCACCAUCACGGCCCUGGAGGUUAAAGACAGGCAGGGCAGAGCCUCAGACUUGGUGCUCGGCUUUGCUGAGUUGGAAGGAUACCUCCAAAAGCAACCCUACUUUGGAGCAGUGGUUGGCAGGGUGGCCAACAGAAUUGCCAAAGGAACAUUCACGUUGGAUGGGAAGGAGUAUCAGCUGGCCAUUAACAAUGGGCCCAACAGCCUGCAUGGAGGAGUCAGAGGGUUUGAUAAGGUCCUGUGGACCCCUCAGGUGCUGUCAAAUGGAGUCGAGUUCUCACGGGUCAGUCCAGAUGGUGAGGAAGGCUACCCUGGAGAGUUAAAAGUCUGGGUGACAUACACACUGGAUGGCGGGGAGCUCGUGAUCAACUACCGAGCACAGGCCAGUCAGACCACUCCGGUCAAUCUGACCAACCAUUCUUACUUCAACCUGGCAGGCCAGGGUUCCCCGAAUAUAUACGACCAUGAAGUCACUAUAGAAGCUGAUGCUUUUUUGCCUGUGGAUGAAACCCUGAUUCCUACAGCUGUGCCUCUGGGAGCACUCUUCACACUCUGUGGUUAUGAGCGGCUUAUGUGUCCUCUCCCUCCUUCAGACUGCAAGCGGCUUAAAAAGGCAGGUCAUGUCUCAUCUAUGUAUCAGCUCUGCCCAGUACAGUGCCUGGCAUACAGUAGGUGUUUAAUGUGUUGAUCGAUCAGAAGAGUGACUGUGAGUAGGCUCCUAGUCCAUUCCUCUGGCUCUGUCAUAUUCCAGGAACAUGCCUAUGAGGAGGAAUUCUUCCGCACAUUCCCUGGGCUUUCUUAACUGAGCUAAAUUCAAAAUAUUUGUGUACAUUGUUUCAGAUGGCUCAGCCUAGCAUCUAGGGAAGAACAGAUCUGAAAGUUGGGAAGACAAUGAAAGGUGAUAAAGCAAAAUGGCACAAUAUUCAGAAGAAUGUAAAACCCAUGUUAUAGCCUUUUGGCAAACAUGUCUAGAGGACUGUCUGUUGAGAAGUUUGCUCUCUCCCUUGGACCUCCAGAGAAAUUACUCACAAGAUAACGCUGAUUCCUCUUUUUCACCCUCAAAGCCCUGAUUUUUUUUUUUUUUUUUUUUUGGCUGCACCACGUGGCUUGCAGGAUUUUAGUUCCCCAACCAGAGGUCAAAACCCGGGCCCUUGGCAAUGAGAGUGCGGAGCCCUAACCGGUGGACCACCAGGGAACUUCCUCAAAGCCCUGAUUUCUUGUUCAGUGGUUUUAGUAGAGCAGAAGAUGUGGCAAAUUAUUUUCACAUAUUUUAUCAACUCUAAGAUGCCAUCAGUUGUAAAGUUCACCAUUAUUUUACAUUCCAUGAAGGAAAAAAAACACCUCUGCCAGUUAAAGCAUGACAUGACAUGAUUUCAGAGAUUUUAAAAUAUGAAAAUGAGGGAAUUCCCUGGCAGUCCAG